AUGUUUUAUGUGUUCUAUGAACAAUAUUUAACGAUAUGGGCAGAUACUUUCAAAUCAAUCGGUUACUAUCUGAUCGCUGCUUUGGUCUUUAAUUUAUUACCACCUGGGUUCAAUUUUUUGACAACGUUCGCUGUCAUGUUCAAAACUAUCAUGAUAGUUUUGAAUAUUAUGGGUGUUAUGUAUAUUUGGAAUAUUCCCCUUAACGCCGUCUCUUGUGUUAAUUUAAUAGUGUCUAUUGGUAUUGGUGUAGAAUUUGGAAGUCAUUUAGCGUACGCGUCUGCUACUAGUCAAGAGCCUCCUAACGAAAGAGUUUUCACUAAUAUCCCUGUUAUAGUGUUGGCCUUUUCGUAUUCACAAGUAAUAGAGGUCUUCUUUUUCAGGAUGUUCUUUAGUUUAGUAAUAUUCGGCUUAUUAUACGGAAUAAUAUUCUUCUCAGUUUUCUUGAGUUAUUUGAAUGACUUGUUCAUGAAAUAA